AUGUCAAAAAAAGUCUAUUGUUACUUUUGUAAUUCAUCAUUUGAUGACGAGAACCAGUUAAUUUCUCAUCAAAAGUCUAAGCAUUUUCGGUGUCCCAUCUGUUCUCAAGUUAAGCAAAAUUUAAAAUCAUUAAAUAACCAUAUGCUUACGCUUCACCGAACAUAUUUAGAAGCAGUUCCAGGAGCAAUAGAAGGAAGAAAAGAUCCCAAUGUUAAUAUUUUUGGAUUGAGUGGAAUUCCAGAAGAUGUUUAUGUUACAUGGUUAGCAUCAAUAGAUCCCACAUUCAAAGCCAAUAUUAAGGAUAUGAAUGUAGAUGGUGCUUAUAUUGCUAAUCAAGCGGUUAAAUUAGCUGCAUUAAAUACUGCAGAGACCUCAAAGAGCAUAUUCAGGAAUCAACUACUUCAAUUUACUAAUGCACGUCUUCAGACGGCUCCAGUCGUUGAACACGUUCUUACAGCUAAAGGUGUAAUUUCGUCAGAACAAUUACAUUCGCAAUCAAAGAAUACCAGCUUCAAAGCUUCUUUAGAAAAUGCUCAGAAGAGAUUUGAAACAUCAAAAAGGCGAGCAGCUCAAAUUUUGUGGGAUGCAGAAAGAGCAGCAGAGAAAUCAAGAAAAAAGCUUACAAAAGAAAGAAGAGCCAAAGAAGAAUUAUAUUUCCAACCUCCAAGUGACGGUUUAACUGUUUUUGAACUUCGAGCUCAAUUCCUUGCAAAUAAUCAAAAGGAAUAG